AUGUGUUACCGGGAGUAUGUCGGAACCACCAUGAAAGUGGCCCUGGUUCAAGGUGAAGAGUUUGGCUGUAGCACUGGGCACAUCACCUGUGAAAGACCAUUCGGCAGCACUCUGCCAGUGCCUCACAAGACAGACAAACUAGACCUGAGCCUCGCAGCACAGAAGAAAAAGGCUCGAAACAUAACGGAGAGAAGAGAAAAUUUCGGGCAUUUCCGUUAUACUCUCCGUAUUACACUUUUUGUGGUAAGCAGCACCAGACACAAUCGGAUUCCUUCGUCUGUCAGCAGCAAAUGUAAUCAUCGGCUUAAAUUCUCCCCCACUAAAGAGUCUGAACCUGUGCAGACACAUGUGAAAAAAGAGAGGGCUGGUGAUGUGAAAGCAAACGCUCUCUACACCCGCAGGAAAGGACAAGGUGAGAAGCAGGUGUGUGGGCCAAGGAGAAAAGCACCCGGGGACCUCAUGGUGUUUUGGCAAUGGGAGUGCCCGUCUGCUGCGGCCCCAGAAGGGUCGCAGGCCCGAAGAAGGGGUGCCGGCCACCUCGGGGCCUGCGAUGGAGCCCAAAACGGGAACAGCAUGGGUCUGAAAAUGAAACUUCUGCUCCUUGUGAAGCUCCUGAGCAGGCCGAACAACCUAAGGGAAUCGGCGCCAGCGGGAAAUGAGCUGUGGAAAGUGAGCAGGGAUCCGCAGUGGUCGAAGGGUGACUUGGGCAGCGCCUGUGCGCAAGCCGCGGGCGAGCUGGGUGCUUGCCGAAGGCAAAGUAAUAGUUCUGUCAUUCGAUCAAAUUCCCCAACAACAACAUCUCAGAUUAUGGCCAGAAAGAAAAGAAGAGGGAUUAUAGAGAAAAGGCGCCGUGAUCGUAUAAAUAACAGUUUAUCAGAGCUGAGGCGGCUUGUGCCAACUGCUUUUGAAAAACAAGGAUCUGCCAAAUUAGAAAAAGCGGAAAUACUGCAAAUGACAGUGGAUCAUCUGAAGAUGCUGCAGGCAACGGGAGGUAAAGGUUAUUUUGACGCUCAUUCCCUGGCCAUGGAUUUCAUGAGCAUCGGCUUCCGGGAGUGCUUGACAGAAGUGGCGAGGUACCUGACGUCGGUGGAAGGUCUCGAUACAUCUGACCCCUUGCGCGUUAGACUCGUGUCUCACCUGAGCACCUGUGCCUCUCAGAGGGAAGCGGCCGCCAUGACCUCCUCCAUGGCCCACCACCACCACCACCCCUUGCACCCUCACCACUGGGCAGCCGCCUUUCACCACCUCCCGGCCGCUCUGCUGCAGCCGAACGGACUCCAUGGCUCCGAGGCCGCCCCGUGCAGACUCUCCUCGGACGUGCCCCCCCACGGCUCCGCCUUGCUCACGGCCACCUUCGCCCACGCCGACGCCGCCCUCAGAGUCCCCUCCGCUGGCAGUGUCGCUCCCUGCGUCCCCCCUCUCUCUACCUCCCUCUUGUCCCUCUCGGCAACAGCCAUCACCCCCCCGUUGGCCGUAUCAGCCACCGCCAGCCCUCAGCAGGCUGGCAGCGGGGGCAGCACUAAACCCUACCGGCCCUGGGGGACUGAAGUUGGAGCCUUUUAG